GACUACAAUCCCAGUGCCGCCGCUGUCUCUGCCUUUGGCUCGGUUUCUGUCGACGUGGGAAAAGCGUUGCAAGAGCAAGCAACACUGAAUCAAUCUAUGGGUGUAUGCUCUUGAGAUGAGCGGAGUGUCAUGCCAGUGGACGUGUAGCCCUAGAAAACAGAUUCUAGUAUGUGGCUUAAACCCGAAGAGGUGCUUCUCAAAAACGCGCUCAAAUUAUGGGUGACGGAAAAAUCCAACGAUUACUUCGUGCUGCAGCGCAGACGCGGAUACGGGGAGGACAGCGGAGGAUUGACAGGCCUGCUGGUUGGAACAUUGGACACAGUUCUUGACUCCUCUUCCAAAGUGGCCCCGUUCCGCAUUUUACACCAAACACCUGACUCUCAGGUGUACUGGAACAUUGCCUGUGGAGCAUCUUUAGAGGAGAUCUCGCAGCACUGGGACUGGCUGCAGCAGAACAUCAUCAGAACUCUCUCUGUGUUCGACUGUGGGGAAGACAUCACCAGCUUUGUCCAGGGAAAGAUAAGGGGUCUGAUAGCAGAGGAGGGCAAAUCCGCUGGUGACGAGGAGGAUCCAGAGCACUUCAGGGAGGUAGUGCUGCGCUUUGAACGUCUGUUCGGUUUGCCUCAGAGAGAGAAGCUUGUGACGUAUUUCUCCUGCAGCUACUGGAGAGGACGAGUGCCAAACCAAGGCUGGAUCUACCUCAGCACCAACUUCCUGUGUUUCUAUUCCUAUAUGCUGGGAAAUGAAGUGAAACUGGUGUUUCCCUGGGAUGACGUCAGCCGUCUAGAGCGUACGUCAAGCGUGUUUUUGACGGAGAGCAUCCGUGUGCGUGUAAGAGGAGAAGAUCAUUUCUUCUCGAUGCUCUUGAGGCUCCAGCAGACAUACCUGAUCAUGCAGCAUCUUGCUGAGUAUGCCAUCGUGCGCUACUUCGAGAAAGAAACCUUCAAUGCUGAACAUCCAUUAGCCAACCCCCUUCACAUCACACAGAGAGCUCUGGAAAUACAUGCACGGAAUCAGUCGUUCCGAGCAUUUUUCCGGUUGCCACAGGAGGAGAACCUUUGUGAAGUUUAUGAGAGCUUCCUUUGGGUUCCUUUCAGUCACUUGAACACACUUGGAAAAAUCUGUGUCUCUGAGAACUAUUUGUGCUUUGCAAGCCAGGAUGGGUCUCAAUGCCAUCUCAUAAUACCUUUAGGCGAGGUGUUUAGUGUGGAGAUGCCAGACCGCAGCACUCGUGCCCUGACUGUGUGUAUGCGUGGCAAAAGAGCUUUGCGGUUUUCUGAGGUUCGAGAUUUUGAGCGACUUGCUGCCACCAUCCGCAGGAAAUGUGGGACAGCAGGAAGCCCUCAACAUUCCUUCAGUAACCAGGAUGAGGAGGGUGUGAUGGUGGGGCAGAGUCAAGCUGUGAGCACCGAAGCUCUCAUGAAUGUCUUUCAUCCACACGAUGCAGAAAACCUUGACCCCAAAAUGCUGAAGGAGCGAAUGAAGGAGCAGUCAUGGCAGAUCCACUUUGCUGAAUAUGGCCGUGGAACUGGAAUGUUUUGCACCAAAAAAACGCGUGAUCUCAUCGUACGAGGAGUUCCUGAGACUCUCAGAGGAGAACUGUGGUUGCUCUUCUCAGGUGCUGUACAUGACAUGACCUCUCACCCCGGGUACUACGGCCGGCUGCUGGAGGAGUGUAUGGGCAGCAGCUCACUUGCGUGUGAUGAGAUUGAGAGAGAUCUACAUCGCUCCCUCCCAGAACACCCAGCAUUCCAGAGUGACACAGGAAUAUCAGCCCUCCGAAGAGUCCUGACCGCCUACGCUCACCGCAACCCCAAAAUUGGUUACUGCCAGGCGAUGAAUAUCCUGACAUCAGUGUUGCUACUGUAUGCAAAAGAGGAAGAGGCCUUCUGGCUGCUGGUAGCUGUAUGUGAAAGAAUGCUCCCAGACUACUUCAAUCGCAGAAUCAUUGGAGCAUUGGUGGACCAGGCCGUGUUUGAGGAACUGAUCCGUGUACAUCUAACCCAGCUGACAGAACAUAUGACAGACCUGUCGUUUUUCUCGUCAGUAUCGUUGUCAUGGUUCCUGACUCUCUUCAUCAGUGUACUGCCCAUAGAGAGCGCUGUGAAUGUCGUCGACUGUUUCUUUUACGAUGGAAUCAAAGCCAUCCUGCAGCUUGGCCUUGCUGUCCUUGACUACAAUAUGGACAACCUGCUUUGUUGCCAUGAUGACGCAGAGGCUGUCACAGUCCUCAACAGGUUUUUUGACAAUGUCACCAAUAAAGAUAGUCCCCUCCCAGCAACUGUACAGCAGGCGUCAGCAGCAGCCAACGACAAAUCAAUGCAUAAAGUGGACAUCAGCGAUCUCAUCAAAGAGGCGUAUGAGAAAUAUGGAGACAUUCGAACAGAGGAAGUGGAAAACAUGCGGAAGAGAAACAAGCUGUAUGUUAUUCAGACACUAGAAUACACAACCAAACAAAAUGUAUUGCGUGUUGUUGCUCAGGAUGUUAAAUUCAGUGCUGCUCAGCUGGAGGAGCUGUACAUGCUGUUUAAGAGGCAACACUUUGUGAGCUGCUACUGGUCAGUGUGUAGUCCUGCCCUGCAGAAUCAUGACCCCAGCCUGCCAUAUCUGGACCAGUACCAACUUGGUCAGUCCCAGUUUAGCAACCUGUUUAACCUGCUGCAGCCGUGGACCACACAAACGCACACUCGCACACUGGCACGAUCAGCCUUCCAUCUACUGGACGAGAAUGGAGAUGGACUGGUGAACUUUAAAGAGUUCAUAAGCGGUCUGGAUGUCUUAUACAACAGGUCAUUCACAGAAAAGCUCAAGUUUCUCUUCAAAUUGCACCUUCAACCAGGGACCCAGGAGUGUACGAUUUUAAAGUCUUCUAGAUUUAUUCCUCCGGCUGAAGGUCACUCUUUCUCCACUCGCCUUUCUGACUCUGCAGAGGAUGGAGUGAUCAGGAGAUGUCCAGAGAGAGGUCGUGCUAAAGUAGAUCUGCAAGAAUAUCUGAAACAGUGGCAGGAAGACUUGCAGCGGAGAGAGGAGAACAUUAAAGAUCUCCCCAGAAUUAACCAGGUGCAGUUCAUUGGUUUGACUAAGACUCUUUACGCUGUGUUCCACGGUGAUGAGAAGGAGGAGAGUCUGUGCCGUGCUGUGGCACGAGUUACCAGUCUUUUGUUGCGCAUGGAAGAGGUGGGACGCAAGCUACAGGAGAGCAGCCCACUAAAAACACCCCAAACUACGGCCCAAACUACACCCACCAGCUCCCCCAGCACAGCUCCGCCUGAGAUCUCCCAGCCAUUACCCGCCAGCCCUGAGACCGAAUGUGACCAUGGCCCACCUGAGUCUCCAGUGAGUCUACGUGAAACUGCUCCGUCACACUCUGACAUUACCCCUAACUCCACCUCGCGGCCCUCUACACCCACCAGCAGUCCUACCGGAACCAGCAGCCCCGCCUUGGACACACCCACAGACACACCCAGCUCGCCCAUCGUCCUCAGAGAUGAGGACUGGAGUUUCUCCUUUGAACAGAUUCUCGCAUCUCUCCUCAAUGAGCCGUAUGUUGUUCGCUUCUUUGAACGUGCUGUUGACACAGACGCUCUGAUUGCAUAUGCACGUAAAAACCAGCUUAAAGACACACACUAAACACGCACACACAUCAGAGCAAUUACAGCACAACACUGCCCUAAAAGCCAUAAACAGUCACCCUCCCUCUUUCGCUCUCUUUUCCAGUUUUCUUUGGUUCUCUUCGUCUUUCUCUGUGCAGUUUCUACUAGUCAGUGUUUGUAAAAAUCUCUGUCCAGUACAGAUGAAGGAAAUUAUUUUGUUUAAAUACAAUGGAAAAGUACAAGUCAAAGGGGAGAAAAAGAGAAGAAUUGAAGGUAGCGCUUUACAAUAUGGGUCUAUACUUUAACAUCAAUACAUUAGGUAUCAUAAACUAACAAUGAACAGUAUUUCCUUACAGCAUUUAUAUAUCCUUGUGAAUGUUGAUUUAUAAAUAUUCUAUUGUUCAUUGUUAGUUCAUAAUGCAUAUACAGCUUUAAAUGUUAAUAAUGCCUGUUAUUUUCCAUUAUUAUGCAAAUUAACAUUAACCAAGAUUAAUAAAUGCGGGAAAAGUAAUGUUCAUUGGAAGUUUAACUAUUGCGUUAUUAAUGUUAAUAUAUACAACCUUAUUGUAAAGUGUUUCUGAAUUAUAAACUGACUGUUUCAGUUAUUAAACUAAAGUCAGGUGUAAUAGUGAUGCAUUUCAGAUGGAAGGUGUGAGGUAUUGCGAUGUAAUAUAAAGGAUUAGUGUUAGCUGUAUCAAGUUGUAAAAUAGAUGAUUGGUAUAACAUAAAUAUAGAGAUGAUUGGUACAGGUAUUAUGAUAUAAUAUAGAUUAUUAAUAUGAACUAAUGUUGUAAUAUAUUUCACAGCUGUUGGGCAUUAUGAUGUAAUAUAUAUAUAUAUGGGUAUGAAUUUUUAUGAUGUAAUAUAAACAGUAGGUGUGAUUUGGGAUGAUGGCAUGUUAUAGUGUUUCAAGCUUCAUUAAGGAACCUCAGAACAUUCCUCGAGCUCAUAGGCAAAUGCACAGCGCCUGUCCCUCGUUCCCAGCCUGACCUAGCACACGUACGCACAUAUAGGAAAUACAGCCACCACUAAAGGGAGAGAUGAUUUUUAUUUUUUUCAAAAUAUUAUGCUGUUGAACUCCUAAUUAUAGAGCUAUUUAAUUUGAAAUUUUACACAAAUGGCGCCUUACUUUAUUUACCCUCCUCAAAUAAUCUUCGUAGUUGUUUUUGCUUCUGAGGGUUGUUUAGAAAUGCCUGUAAAGUCAGAGCUUAGCACAUUAACUCUUCCCACUUAGCUGAAAUCAGAUUCCACUGCAUUCAAGGUCUGCACCAGCUUGGUUCUACAUUAUUGAUGUUUGUUCCUGAGUCACUGAAUGUGUUUGUGUUUGUUUGUACAAACCAAAAUCUGUGGUUUAUGCCUUAUUCGUUUUGAUUCAGGUAUUCAGUACAAAUAUCACAAGUGCUUCCAUUCAACAAAAACGAUUUAAUCUUUUCCAUCAUUAAUGGUCAGAUAGUUAAUAGUAAAUAUUUAGCACCAUUUCCAAAUAUCAUAUUUGAACGAGCAGGAUAGUUUUUAUACAUUAUACACUUUAAAAGUAUUAAAGAAUUAUUCUGGGUUCAAUACAAGUUAAACUUAAUCGACAGCAUUUGUGGCAUAAUGUUGAUUGCCACAAAAAUUACAUUCUACUUGCCACACUUUUUCUUAAAAAGUAUGUGUUCCAUUGAGGCACUUACAAUGGAAGUAAAUGGGGCCAAUCCAUAAACAUUCAAAUACUCACUGUUUCAAAAGUAUAGCCACAAGACAUAACCAAAAUGUGUGAUAACAUGAUUUUAGUGUGAUAAAUUUGCAUACUUUUGCAUACUGUGUAACAUUAUAGGCAAUUUUACAACUAUGUUGCUAUGAUGUAAUGCUGUAAACCCUAAAAUGACCAUUUAAUGAUUUUAAAUGAUGAUUUAACAAAUGUACAGCUCAAAUAAUACACAACUUUUAACAGAAGAAUGAAUGUAAGGGCUUUUAUAAAAUUACAGGCUUCAUAUUUCUGCCUUUAAACACUUUAUAAAUUGGCCCCAUUCACUUCCAUUGUAAGUGCCUCAAUGUAACCUUGAUUUUUGCUUCAAAUACAUUUUUGUGUUGACAUUUUGCCACAAAUUCUGUCGAUUGACCUUAACUUGCAUUAAACCUGGAAUAUUCCUUUAAGGCCAUACAGUACACAAUGAAAUAUUUUAGCAAGGGAAAUAUGUAGAAUUAUAACACUAUAUAUUAUAUCCAAAGAAAUAAUAUAGCGAUCACAGUUUAAGUAACCAAACCGGUAAGGAACAUUAAGCGAUGAUUCGCUUGACCAAUCAAAGUAAGAGAUGUAUUAUGCUUUAAAAGUACCAAUGAAUAUGUAGUGAUGUUCUGAAUUUUGAACUUUGUUUAAAUGCUGAGAGCUUUUGGUGAUGAAUGCAAAAAUGUAUACGAGAGAGAAAUUGAUGUUUUGUUUAAUUCUGUGGUUAUUCUGUUUAAAGAUGUCUGGCUUACACCAGCUAAACAACGUUGUUAACUCUAAGAGUAAUGGAGUAGUUUUGUUCUUCUAAAGUUAAAAGGCACCUCAGAAUAUUGGAAUGCCAUAGUGUGUAUUUUCGGUUUUAUGUGUUGGUAAAAUUUCAACUACGGAUGAUGCUUAUUUUUUGCCAGAGUUCCUGUUUCUAGGACACACACAGCAACAGAAAAAUCUGCUCAGCACUUUGCAGAAGAUUGCAGUGGAAGUUAAAUUACCUGUGUUCCAUGUUCUCUGAGUCACUCACUUGCUGUUUGCUGAACAUUUGCUGUUCACAAAUACUGCAAGGUAAUAGUGUGGUCAUUUUUAUUUCUGUUUUUUGUCUAAAAGAUUUAGAUAUUUGUUAUGAUCUGUUUGUGCCUCAUAAACUGUCACAUUAUGGAAAUGUAUCAGUAAUGUCAAUGAAAUAAAAUGAAUGAAGAAAGGA